AGAGGACGAGGCCGGGGCGGCCACAUGACCUUCAGCGUUGAGGCCGUGGGCAUUGGAAGGGGGGAAGCCUUGCCCCCCCCCACUCUGCAGCCCUCACCCCUCUUCCCUCCCUUGGAAUAUAAGCCGGUCCCACUGCAGGCUGGAGAGGAGAUCGAGUACAUGCUGGCCCUCAAGCAGGAAUUCAGGGGCGCCAUGAAGAGCCUGCCCUAUUUCAUCAAACCAUCCGCCCCCAAGAAAGAUAUUGAACGCUAUUCCGACAAGUAUCAGAUGCCGGGCCCAGCUGAAAACGCCAUUGAGUGGAGCCCAGAUUGGAGGCAGCUCCCUCCGGAGCUAAAGAUCCGGGUGCAGAAGACGCGAAAAGAAAGGCGGACGGUGCCGGCCCCCAAGCGCCAGGCCAAGGUGUCUGCAGACAAGGAGGAAGCCAUCAAGAAGCUGGAGACUCUGGAAAAGAAGGAGGAAGAGGUGACAUCUGAAGAGGAGGAG